AUGGACGACUCGGGCACCAUGAUGGAGGAGAUGCUGAUGGAGGAACAUGCCGUGGAACAGCAGAAAGCUCUCAGCUCCCGUCCCCCGGAGGACACUGCCUUUCACCAGCGUGUCCAUCGGAGGCUUCUCAAAGCUGAGCUGCCCGAAUACAUCCUGGACCUUGGCUAUGUUGUUCCUGGUGACAUACACACACACACGGUGAAGAUCACCAACACUGGGCACUUCCCUGCAUCUUUCCGUGUCGAUGGAUAUGUCCUGUAUAACACAGGCUUCAGCGUGUGCCUGGAGCGUGUGAAGCGCCUGCCCUCCUGUGAGAGCAAGACAUUUGAAGUGUGCUUCGACCCACAAAGUGCCAACGUGCCCCUGGGAAAAGUGGAUGUGCUCCUGCCCAUCAAGGUCAGAGGAGGCCCCACAUUCCAGGUCCGCCUCCGUGCCAUGGUGGCUGAGCCGUCCCUCUGCGUGUCCAGGGACAGGCUGGAGUUCUCUGCUCUGAUGCUUCACUUCUCUGCCGUCUUCACCCAUUCCUCCUUCUCUGAGGACACUGCUUCCCCAUCUGCCUGCCCUGCCAGCAUGUUUGCCCUCCAGUUCUAG